ACUUUUGUGGCAAACAUCUUCUCUCACGUAGCAAUGUUUUUACAAAAUGAAAGUUCUGUCAAUUAUUUGUAUUCUUAUUUCGUGCAUCCUUGAUGUCUGGUUUACAUUGUAACGGGACUACUAUCAUAGGAAUAUUGCACAGGAAUUUUUAUCGUUCUCUAUUUAAAUCGACAUAGAUUAUUCACAUCAAUAUUCUUCAGCACGACCCAUCCUCGACAAGUUAUAAUCCAGUUUUUACUUCAUGUCAUGACUCAUGGGGUGACUCGAGAAUCGAAAUGAUCUUCAAGAUGGUGCACAUUUUUCCAUUCAUGAUAUUUUAUCUUGCGAAUCAUCACUUUUGGCACCCACAGAUUUAAUGAUCUGCUGGAUGCACCGUCAAUGUUGACAUUGACAGGUCAACGUUAAUCGUCAUGACCGAGACGAGUCUCCAAGGCUCUCUAAUGUUGAUUAGUCAAUCAAACGACGAGCCAACGUUCUUCAUUUAAAAAUCUUGGGGCUACAAUGCACCGAUUCUCAUUUGGCAUUUCUAACCUCAAUUCAAUUCUGGAAUUGUCUCGGUUUCUGUAACUUACAUGAAUAGUGUAAUCCGCGACGGAGAGCAGGUUCUGAGUGCGAAUCAAUCUAUCAUAAAAUUAUUUAUUACCUUGGUGUGGUGAAAUUGAAAUUAGAAAUACCGGAUUACACUAUUCAUGUAAGAUACAGAAACCGCACCACUUCGAAAUUUCGGAAGUGAUCAAAAUAAGGGGCCCUCUAAAGGCGAGCGUCCGAGACUCUGCAGUCUUUCAGCUUCUUUGGGCCCAUCUACACCGUUCUUGGCUAUGUUUUGUGAUUUCAGCCCCAAUGCUUCAGGGGUAUAAACUCUUUCAAAACCCUUGUGAUGAGAUUGUCUUUCAGAUAACGAGGGGCAGUUCAAUUCAACUUGGAAGACAAUUCAGUGUCUGCCAAAGAAUUCAAACAGAAUGGACAAAUCGAUUGACAGAACACCACACUCUACUCUACAUUCAGUAAAGUCGUCAAAGUCGAACAACCAACCAAACCACGGCUCAGUUCAUGUCGAACAACCUCCACAGGCGUCAAAAGCUUUACCCCUUAGCAUCCUCUACACUGAAAAGUUCCACCUUCUCGACAACGGGGAGUGGCACAGGCGAGAGCCAGACAGGAGUUGUGCCCUAUUCGGCAAAGAUCCAGUCGCUGUAGAGCUACUCAAUGCAGAAGGUGCAUCAAAAUUCAACAUUGUGGGGGGUUUAAUAGAUAAUUCGAUUAUACAAGAAGGACAACCGCUUCCAAAAGAGAUUAUUGCAGUUGUGAGACCCAAGAACAUCAUUCUGAAAAAAAACGGGCCGAUGAAUGGCCGAACUGAUCAGCAGAGCAUUGUCCAGGAUGCGAUGGAAAUGAAUCUAGAGGUGAUGGUGUACGACUUCGCUCCACCGGAGUCGGAUGUGCUGAAGGCGGGAAAGGAGUUGAAGGUAGUGUACAGUGGCAAGACCAAAGCUACCACGAAGAAAGAUGUGCAGGGGUUGUACUGCUUCAACACAUCGGGCAAUCAGCUGGAGCGACUUUUUACGCAGAUGGGAACUUACAUGUUCCACUUUUCCCUGGUGGAUUCCAAGUACGGGGAGGUAUCUCCAGCAGUGGUGCGUGUUAACGUGGCUCCAUCGAACACCAUCAUGUGCACUCCUCAAUGCCUAGAACAUUCCAAAGCUUCGCAACACAGGAAACGGAGAAGACGAAAACAAAGUGCCUUAGUAGAUAUUGCCUCCGCUACUGCUGAGGAGGUGGUGGUGAUGCCCGAAGAUGAGAUGCCAGAGCCUAAGAUGGACAUUACUCACGUGCAUGUCACAACUCUGGAUGAAGUUGUCUCCGUGAAUGGAUUCUUUGCGAUUGCGGUGUUCCUUGGAUUGGCUUUCAGCCCCCCGCUUCCGCAGAACCAAGCGGCUACCACUCUUGCGCCACCCAGAUUAGAGUGUUAUGUGGAAGUUAAUGUGUACCGCGCGGUCGUUUUAUGGGAAGUUGUCUCGUUCAGCUGCUUCCUCUUCUCCACUCUUGUAGCGCACGGAUUCAAGCUUUACAUUGUUCUCGAGAAUGGAAGAGAUAAAGAAAAUUCGAAAUUUGCUGAAGUGAAUCGCAGCUUUCUACGCAUUGGAAUUUUUUCGUCAGGAAUAGGAUCGUGUCUUGGAGCAAUCUUUUUGAUUGUGUCGAUGGUGGUACUGAUCGAGAUAAGGCUUGGUGAUCUCUUCUGCGGAAACCCGUGGGCGGUCAAGACCACCGUCCCCUUCGUGAUCCUGGGAGUUUCGGGCUGCUCUAUUUUCGUUGUUGCUGUGUUUUAUGAAUCAUUUACAUCGUUGGCGUAGAUACAUUUCUUCUCUGCGUGUUGCAAUUGCUGCAUCUGUUGCCUCCUCUCCACACGGCGUCGGUGGGCCUGUUUGUGCCCUCCAGUCGCGCACUCGUUCGGAUUGAAAACAUUUCUUGUCAGCUUUACUUCUUAUUUCCUUUCUUUCGAACUAUUUUUACAGUUCCAAGUUGAUAUUUUACUGUAAGAAAAUAACAAUAAAUAUACGAUUCUUGUCUGUGAAAUAACAUUAGUUAUGUCCUUGUGUCCAAUACAAUACCAUUUUUUUAUAUAAUAUGCACAUACUAGAAAUUGAUGC